AAUUCACAAAGCCAUUUGCCCAACUUUUUACCCUUCAGCAGAACUCACUUGCCCAGAUACAGAGAGAGUGAGAUGGAAGGAGCUCUUGCGCUGUAUGGUGUUAUUUUGUUGCUUACUGCUCUUUUCUCAUACAUAUUCUUGAGCAGAGAGAAGGGAAGCCAGCAGAGAGCUGUUCUUCCUCCUGGUUCAAUGGGCUGGCCUUACGUAGGAGAGACCUUGCAGCUCUACUCUCAGGACCCAAAUGUUUUCUUGGCCAGAAAACAGAUGAGAUACGGUGAGAUUUUCAAGACCCACAUCCUAGGGUGCCCUAGUGUGAUGCUGGCGAGCCCCGAGGCGGCUCGGUUCGUGCUGGUGACCGAAGCUAAGUUGUUCAAGCCCACCUACCCCGAAAGCAAGAUGCAUUUGAUCGGUCCAUCGGCGUUGUUCUUCCACCAAGGCGACUACCACAUGCGUCUGAGGAAGAUGGUUCAGAGCUCGUUGUCCCCAGAGGCCCUCCGAAAUCUCGUCGCCGGCAUCGAAGCCAUCACCCUCUCCGGCUUGAACUCAUGGGCGGGUGGCCGUGUCAUUAGCACCUUCCAUGAAAUGAAGAAGUCAUCUUUUGAGGUGGGCGUGCACUUAAUUUUUGGUAAUUUGGAGGAUAGCUACAAGGAAGAGCUAAAGAAGAACUAUACCAUAGUGGAUACAGGUUACAACUCCUUUCCUACAAACAUCCCCGGGACUCCAUACAAGAAGGCCUUAUUGGCAAGGAAGAGGCUAAAUAAGAUCCUACGAGAAAUCAUUUGCAAGAGGAAGAAGAAAUUGGACGAGAACAAUCUCUUGGGUUGCUUUUUGAAUUCCCAAGAUGAAAAGGGAGAGGCCUCAUUAACCAGCGAGCAAAUCGCAGAUAACAUCAUCGGUGUUCUUUUUGCUGCUCAAGACACCACUGCAAGUGCAAUGACAUGGGUUCUCAAGUACCUCCAUGACAACCCAAAACUUCUCAGGGCCGUGAAGGCUGAGCAGAAGGUAAUUCAUGAACUGAAUGCUGAAGGUAAGAAGCCGCUAACAUGGGCUCAGACCAGAAACAUGCCAACUACUCACAAGGUUGUACAGGAGUGCUUGAGGAUGGCAAGUAUUAUAUCCUUCACAUUCAGAGAAGCGGUGGCUGAUGUUGAAUAUAAUGGGUACCUUAUUCCCAAGGGUUGGAAAGUGUUGCCUUUGUUCAGGAACAUUCAUUACAAUCCAACAUUCUUCAGUGAUCCUCAGAAGUUUGAUCCUUCAAGAUUUGAGGUUGCACCAAAACCCAAUACAUUUAUGCCAUUUGGGAAUGGAGUUCACGCCUGCCCUGGAAACGAGCUAGCCAAGCUGGAGAUGCUUAUCCUGACCCACCAUUUGGUCACAAAAUUCAGGUGGGAGGUGGAGGGUUCCGAGAGUGGAAUUCAGUAUGGGCCAUUCCCAGUGCCGCAGAAUGGACUCCCAGCCAGAUUUUGGAAAGAAUCUCCCCACUCCAAAGCCUAAAAGUUAAGCUUGGGCAAGCAGCUGCUCUCAUCACCUAUAUAUGUAUAUCAGUAUGCAAAUGUAGUCCCCCCCCCCCCCCCCCCAAACUUGCUUUUUAUUUCAUCUCUCUCUCUCAUAAGCCAAUCAUGCAUUUUCCAAAGUACAUGGGGAUGGAAUCAGAACGAUUCCCCUUUUUUUGUGUUUGCCCCAUUUUGUUAUUGGCUUGAUCAUUUCCUCCUCCUAGCUAGUCUGCCUGCCUGUCAUUAUAGUUUAUGUGUCCCAACUUCGCACUGUGUAUCCUAUCCCAAAGCAAAAGGGGGUGGCCAGAAAAUUAAAAAUAAAGAAGAGUUGCAGUUUGUAUGCAUUGCAUUGAUAAUAUUAUGAUUAAUGGAAUGAUUUUUUAUCUGCAGUUCGUAAAAA